AUGGACCCAAAAGAGGCGUCGGAUAUCGAAUGGAAAAAAAAUAGAUUUUUCAACAUAAAAGAAAUUCGAGACCAGCUGACGAACCACGUUCAACAGAAUCAAGAGACUCAAGCCAUUUUUAGUAACAAUUUGGUUUCCACGAGCAAUCCAGAAAAAAAAAGUUCAAAGGACAACACAAGCCAGCAGCGCUUAUUCACGGAGUGCAGUCCAAUGAGAAAAUAA